AUAAUUUCAACGUGCAGCCAUCAAAAAGGAACAACUUUGAUUACUGACAACUUUAGAAACUAUAAAUAUAUUUAUUUAUUACUUCUAGAAAAAGCUCAAAAGGGUAAUUCCCAGGCCCCAGCACCAGAUUCACUGUGCAAUCUGAAGAUCCUUCAGAGCUUUUGACAACAUUGAACAUAUUCUUACACAAUGGGGAAUCAAGAGUCUGCCUUAAAUGACGCUCAUAGUGAUCAUUAUCACCACAGCCCAGAACGUGUAAGAAAUCAUAUUGGCUCCAAUCCUCAAUAUCAUCCUACUACAUAUGCAGAAAGCUCCAUGGAUUCUAACUAUCAAGCUCAAGUUACAUCAUACACCGGGGGUUCAGAUAGAGCAAACUAUCAAAGGAACCAGCAAGCCUCUUACAUAGCUGAUAACUUUAAAUCUUUGGAUGAGGUUGUUACCGCAUUGCGAGAAGCAGGCCUUGAAUCGUCAAACUUGAUUCUUGGAAUUGAUUUCACCAAAAGCAAUGAAUGGACAGGGAAGUCUUCAUUCAACAGGAGAAGCCUCCACUCAGUUGGUCACACAGCCAACCCAUACGAGCAAGCCAUCUCUAUAAUUGGGCGAACCUUGUCUCCUUUUGAUGAAGACAACCUGAUACCAUGUUUUGGAUUUGGUGACGCAACCACACACGAUCAGCAUGUGUUUAGCUUUUACCCUGAUCAUCGGCCUUGCGAUGGAUUUGAGGAAGCUCUUACAAGAUAUAAGGAAAUUGUUCCUUAUCUGAAAUUAUCAGGUCCAACUUCAUUUGCCCCAAUAGUCAAUGCUGCAAUUGAUAUAGUGGAAGCAAAUAAUGGGCAGUAUCAUGUCCUUGUCAUUAUCGCAGACGGACAGGUAACAAGGAGUCUUGACACUCCACAUGGAAGCCUUAGCCCUCAAGAACAGGCUACAGUAAAUUCCAUUGUUGCUGCUAGUGAAUAUCCUCUUUCAAUUAUUCUCGUUGGUGUUGGAGAUGGCCCAUGGGAUGAAAUGAAACGGUUUGAUGAUAACAUUCCACAACGGGCAUUUGAUAACUUCCAGUUCGUUAAUUUUACAAAGAUCAUGUCUGAGCGUUCAGAGAUGGCCAAGAAGGAAACAGCCUUUGCUCUUGCUGCACUAAUGGAAAUUCCAUUUCAGUACCGAGCCACACAACGCCUUCGAUUCAGGGAAAGCAAUAGAGGCCCUCGUACAAGGCCAUUACCUCCUCCUCGUGAAGUAAUUGAUCAUGACGUUGCUGUCAAAUCAGUACCACAUGUGACAAGCUAUGAACCUGUUGACUCAGGAGCUGCAGAACAAGUUUGUCCUAUUUGCUUGACAAACCCAAAGGACAUGGCUUUUGGAUGUGGUCAUCUGACAUGCAAGGAGUGUGGUGCCACGAUACAAUUGUGUCCUUUAUGUCGAGAGCCAAUUAAAACUCGCAUAAGACUAUAUAGCUAGAUGCCAGAACUAUCUCCUGAACUACCUAAGCUCCACAGUUGCUCCAGGAUUUCAACUAAAGAUGUAUUUCUGAAGGUGUAAACUAUUCUUUGUAAAUGAGCCAUAACCUAUGUAUAACUUAUAUGGAGUUCUACACUUAUCCCAUUUUUUUCGUUUAUGCACAUUUUUAGUGUCUCUAUAGCAAAAUGUACAUAACUAAAUAAAAUGUAUGAUAAACUUGUAUGUGGAUAGUUGGAUAUUCUUGUCACUGA